UACCUCUCCCAGCCCCAAGUGUCCUCUGACGACCUGAGGACUGCUUCCAAAAUUGUCCGCUGGCUCUGCAAGCAGCAAAACCCCUACGGGGGCUUUGCCUCCACACAGCUGAAGAGGCAGAAGCUGGUGAAGAAGGUGGAGGUGCAGCCCGACCAGGUGACAAUUUACCUGGACCAGCUGACAAAGGAGGAGGAGACCUUCGCCUUCACCGCCACGCAGGACUUCCCGGUGAGGAACCUUCAGCCGGCCACUGUGACGCUGUACGACUACUACGAGACGGGUGACCGCGCAGAUGCUGCCUACAGUGCACCUUGCAGCUCAGGGCUCAGCACCCACCGUCCUGCGACUUCGGUGACAAAUAUGGCCCAGGGAGCUGUCGCCCUGGACCACAACCUCUCUGGGGACAGUGAGGGCUGGUGUGGAUGCUCGUGCCAUCUCCGCAAUGCAGCAGUCUCCCACGAGAGCCAGCAACGGUGA